AUGAGUUUAACCCAUAAGGUAAGUAAAAAUGGAGGUAAAAUACGAUGACAUCCGUAAAAAUUUGUUUUAAUUUUGCGAUAAGAUAUCGGCUAGGGGGCAAAAAACAAAUUAUGGUUCAAAUUACGGACGAAUCUAGCCAUUUUCAUAGCGUUUUUAUCAAGUUUAUCUCAAAUUUCAUCAAAAAUUUUAAUUUUUUCAAAUUUUACUUUGAAAAAUUACUUUGAAAAUUACUUUUCGCCAUAUUUUUUUAUUUUCAGCCCGACUACUCCAAGCCAGGCCUUGUUCUCUCCAAAGAGCAACUCCAAUUCUACGACAAAAAUGGAUUCAUUGUCCUGAAAAACAUCGUUUCCAAAGCGGAAUUGCAGAGAUACUUGUGAGUCUAAAAUCGAUCAUAACACAUCGCACAAAGUUCGGAUUUGUUUGAAAUUUUGCACGUAUUGUCUAGUCUGUCUACAGAUUUAUUCCUCAAAGUUUCAGCGCGUAGUUUUUAUUUUGAGCCGAAAUAUUGAACGAUCUUUGCAGAUGAGAGAGUACAGAAAAGGAGGAGACCGUCGGGGAGAAAAAUUUAUUUUUACUAGUUUAGUUGCAUACUUUGCUGGGUAAAAAUCUAUUUUUUGCAUGAAUUGCCUACUUUCCAUUUAGAAGAGACUGCCAAUUUUUAAUUUUGAAAAAAAAAAUGAAAAUUUUCUGAAUUUUCGAUCUAAAAAUCUCAGUGAUUUCUGCUAAAUCCAAGGCUAAAACUCUCAAAUGUGUCUUACAAAAUUUUAAUCCAAAUAUAUUCCGAGUUUCAGCAGAAUAUGAGCUGACAAUUUUUUCAAAAAUUUUGCUUUGGUCCCCCCUUACCUCUAAAAAUGUUAAAUUUUUUUUGGUUCUUGCUGUAAAAAUCAUGUUAGUUUCUGCACAACGCGAGUCGAAAAUCUCAAAUAUGUCUUACAAAAUUGCAAUCUAAAUUCGUGCCAAGUUUUGACCAAAUCUGAGCAUAAAUUUUUUUUUCAAAAUUUUUACCUUGGUCCCCCCUUACGUCUCAAAACUGAAAGUUUUAAAAAAUCUCGGAGAUUUCUGCAAAACGCGAGCUAAAAAUUUCAAAUAUGUUUAACAAAGUCCUAAUCUAAAGCUAUGCCAAGUUUUGGCCAAAUCUGAGUUAAUAAUUUUUUCAAAAUUUCUGCCUUGGUCCCCCCUUACCUCCCAACACUGAAAAUUUUAACAAAAGUAAAAAAAGCUUAUUAGAGAUUUCUGCAAUGUGCGAGCUAAAAAUCUCAAUUAUGUCUUAUAAAGUCCUAACCUAAAUUUAUGCCAAGUUUUGGCCAAAUCUGAUUAAAUAAUUUUUUCAAAAUUUUUGCCUUGCUCCCCCCUUACGUCUCAAAACUGAAAGUUUUAAAAAAUCUCGGAGAUUUCUGCAAAACGCGAGCUGAAAAUUUCAAGUAUGUCUUACAAAGUCCUAAUCUAAAGCUAUGCUAAGUUUUGGCCGAGCCAGGUAAUUUUUUUUUUUUUAUUUUUGCCUUGGUCCCCCCUUACCUCCCAAAACUGAAGAUUUUAACAAAAUUAAAAAAAGCUCAGAGAUUUCUGCAGUGCGCGAGUUAGAAAUCUCAAUUAUGUCUUAUAAAGUCCUAACCUAAAUUUAGGCCAAGUUUUGGCCAAAUCUGAGUUAAUAAUUUUUUCAAAAUUUUUGCCUUGGUCCCCCCUUACCUCUCAAAACUGCGAAUUUUAAAAAAUCUCAAUGGUCUCUUCAAAGCGCAAGCUAAAAAUUCCAAAUAUGUCUUCCAUAAUUCCUAACUUAAAUAUAUGCCAAGUUUUACCCGCGCCAGCUAAAAUUUCUUGUCAUCAAAAACUCUCUUUUCAGGGACCGUUUCCGUGAAAUCUGCUCGGGCAAAAACGUUCCCUCCGAAAUGGUCGUUAUGCGGGAUGUUGCCAUCGCAAAGUCGGAGUUCAAAUCCGGCGAACGCGCCAUCACAAAGCUGCAGGACUUCAAUUUCGACCCUGUUUUGUUCGAUUUCUGUCGGAAUCCCGCGAUUUUGGAUGUUGUCGGCGACCUAAUUGGCCAAGAAAAUUUGAUGUCAAUGCAUACGAUGUUGAUCAACAAGCCUCCCGAUUCGGGAAAAUUGACUUCUAGACAUCCGUUGCAUCAGGAUUUGCAGUAUUUCCCGUUUAGGCCGGCCGAUUUUAUUUGUUGCGCCUGGACUGCCAUGGAGAAGGUAAAUCGAGCCAAUGGAUGUUUGGUGGUGGUCCCUAGAAGUCACAAGGGGAAAUUAUUGGACCAUGAUUAUCCUAAAUGGGAGGUGAGAAAGGUUUUUUCGAUUGGAAAAUUUUAAAAUACGUAAUUUUAAGCUGUGUAAUAACAAUAAAAAAAAAGUCCAAAACCUCUAUAUAACGAUGUCUUUGUAUAACGAACAUUUUUACAGCAUACAAUUUUAAGCUUCUUGACAAGCUUUUUUUCAAAAAUUUUAAUUUUUUCACUGACUUUUUCUGUUUGGCCAGAAUUAUCUUUUUGCACUGUGCGAAUGACAAAAGUGUAAUUUACUGUGUUGUACAGAUGCUUUUUGACCCAAAAUUUUCUAUAAAGGACUGUUUUUAAUCUGAAUUUUCUUCUUAUGACCAGAUUUUUUAUUUUCCCCGACUGCACAGUGCACAUUUCAUAUUUAUGAAUAUUGCACUGUGCAACAAACCUCAAGUGCAAUAUAACGCCUGAUUUUGUAGAGCAAAGGCUAAAACUUGAUGAGAAUCGUCUAAAAUGAACCGCUGUUGUAUUUUAGACAUUCUGUGUAUGAAAUUUUUUACCGCACAAUGCGGAAUUUUGAAAUUUUAAAUUUCGCACUGUGCGGAAAAUUUAAUGUGUAAUAUAACGCGUAAUUUUGCUGGUAAUUUGACGAAAUUAAUUUUAAAUUACUCUACUCUCAUCAAUUUAACAAGCCACAUUUUAUUUAAAAAUUUUCUGACGUCAUUUUUCCGCACUGUGCAAAAAUUUCAAUUUGAUUUCACCGCACAGUGCAGUCUUUUUUUUGAACUUUUAAGACCAUUUUUCUUUCAAAAAUUACCCAGAAAAAUAUUUACAGGGCGGUGUAAACAAAGCUUACUACGGAAUCCAAGACUACGACCCGAAUUGCCCCCGGGUUUACGUGGAAAUGGACGCCGGAGACACCGUCUUCUUCCAUCCACUGCUGAUUCAUGGAAGCGGCGCUAAUCGCACUGAAGGCUUCCGAAAAGCCAUCUCCUGUCAUUACGCGAAUGGCAAGCUUUGCGAUUACAUUGAUGUGAAAGGGACGAAUCAGGAGAUUUUGGAAAAGGAAAUUUUGGAUAUGGCCAAGGCAAAGUGCGAGAAAAGAGGCGUCGAAUGGCCGGGAUGGAGCUUUGCGGUGAGUCGGAAUGGGGGUUAUGUUUUCCACGAUGCAAUUUUUUUGAAUAUAUACAAAGCGGGAAGAAUUUUUGAUCUUGCACAGUGCAAAAGAAUAUUUUAAUUUUGCACUGUGCAUUUUGUUUUUUUUUUUAAUCUCACGCCUCAGAAGUUUUUUUAUUUGAUUUUGCAUAGUGCAAAUGUCUCUUUUUGAUUUUUGGACUGUACCGUUAAAAACAUAUUUUUUUUAACAUUGCACAGUGCAAAAAAUAGAUUUCGAAUGUUCGCACUGUGCGAUAAAAAAAAAUUUUAUUUUGCACAGUGCAAAAUUUAAAAAUUAAUUUCUUGCACAGUGCGUGCAAAUGUUUUUUUUUUUUGAGCUUUGCACGUGCAAAAAAUUGAUUUUGAAUGUUCGCACAGUGCGAUAAAAAAAAAAUUUUUAUUUUGCACAGUGCAAAAUUUAAGAAUUAAUUUCUUGCACAGUGCAGAAAAAUUAUUCUGCACCGUGCAAAUUUUUUUUUCUGAUUUUUGCACAGUGCAAAAAAUUGAUUUUGAAUUUUCGCACAGUGCGGAAUUCAAGAAUUAACUUCUUGCACAGUGCAAAAAAAAAAAAAAAACAAAAUUUUUCUAAUUUUUCAUUGCCAAAAUAACUAAAUAUUUUUUUCAGGAUGUUUGGAGAGUCCGAGGACGUCCCGUUGGCAACGAACGAGCUCGUUUGUAA